AUGUCUUCCACUCCUCCCAACAACCAGCAGGCCGCGCCCAAGAUGCGCCCCGUCACCGGAGCUUUCUUGCUCAAGCAGAGUCCUCACCAUCUCUCGCAUGACAUCAAGGACAUCCUCGAGAAGCAUGGCGUCAAGCUCUCCCCCGGCUGUUCCCAAGAGCUCACCCGGUACCUCAACGACAAGCUCGAGGCGUACCCCAUUCCUUUCGACCCCAAGCGUCCCAACCUCCAGGCGGAUCUCGACAACAGUGCCCGUCUCCGCGACAGGAAGGCUCAGCUCAAGGACCAGGGCGCGACUUCGAAAUCACCCGCGAAGACGCUCCAUCGAUCGAACCCCGACAUCUUCUCGCGGUUCGGCAAGCCCCGCAACAUCAACGAGUCUUUCAUGGACAUUCCGUGGAACGAUCCAGUCUCGCCAUCUAUGUUGCAACCGCCGAUGCCUGUCAGCGUGAACUCGCUGCUUCAGGGCUGGCCUCUGAAAGAGAAGUCAGUCGUAGCUGCGAAGACGCCGACCAAGGUCAAGAAAGAGCAGUCUGUACAGACCGAGAUCCAGAACCCCGUCAAGUUCGCGAAAGAGCCUGCCGUCAAGGUUGAGAUCGAUCGUUCCGUUGACACUAAGAUCGGAUCGGCCAACACCAUGAAGCCGUCCCCAUUGAAUCGCGGGCGCACCGACGACUAUCUUGAUGUCGCGACAGAAGAGAUCAUCGAGCGCGCACCCCUCGCUAUCACAAGGGGCAACCUCAUCAAGGUAGAAGAUAGCGUUGGCAGCGACGUCCAGCGCCAUCAUCAGAUUCAUCGCACCGUCGACUGCAAGUCUCCGCCUGCGCCCCCCGUCAAGUCCGAAAAGGACACGGCCAGGAGCACCAAGCGCACCCACAACGAUUUCGAACAAAUGGAUCCCGAUGCCGUCUCCUUCACAUCUGAUAUCCUCGACGCUGUCAAGAAGACCCGCCCUGCUGUUAAGCAAGCAACAUCCCCUUCGCCCGCUAUCAAGGUCGAGGACGAAACCUCCGGCUUCCAGAGCUCCAUCGGCUCGUCCAAGUCGUCGGGCUUCCGAUCUUCGGUCUCAGAUGUCAAACAGGAGUUCCAGGAAACGCCUGACACAACAUACUUCGGUGAGUUGCAGCAGACGCUGGGUCGGUCCCAGAGCCCUUUCAGCCAGACGCAAGGUCUCCCGAACUCCUUCCCCCGCAGUCGCUUCGGCAGUCAAUCGUUCCUGAGCUCUCCCGGUUCAGUAACCUCACAGACGUCUGGACGCGUCGAGAUCAACCCGCGUCGCUCUGCUCGACUAUCCCAGGCUAAGACUACCGCUGCCGGCUCGUCAGACCUGUCAGCUUCCGCCCCCUCAGCUCCUCCAGCUCCGUCCCCUACGUCAUCUUCCGCCUCCUCUCUUGGUGUUAAGCGUCGUCGCUCCAACAGCCUUGCAGACGAGAUAGAGCAAGUUGAGCGCCAGGGUCGCAACAAGAAGUUUGUGACGAAGGAAGUGGUCGCGAAACAGCGCGAGGCUCGCCACGAAGAGGAUGCAAAGGACAAGAAGCGAAGUACCGUCGAGCGUCGUCGCUCAGUGCUUCAACGUCGCGGCCUCUAG